CCUGGGGAGAGCAGGGAAAAUGAAACCUAUCUCAUUGGCUGCCUUCCAUCACCCUGUAUUCUUCAAACAGAAUGGAUUUUUCAGGAUUGGAGAGAACAGGAAAAAACAAAAUCUGUCUCAUUGGCUGCCUUGGAUCACUGGAUGUGUCUUAAAUAAGAGUGGAUUUUUCAGGCCUGGAGAGACCAGGGAAGAAGGAAACCAACUAAUUGGCUGCCUUGCAUCUCUGGGUGUGGGUUGUGUUUGGAAUCUCUCCAUGGCAUUGUUUGGAACAGGCGUACGGAUGGCUUCCCUUGUCUCAAGGAUAACAGCUUCAGUGGCCAUAGUCAAAGCUGGAGGGACAGUCUCUGGCACCAUUCUAGCUGGCUCUCGGGGGCUCAACCUGUUAGCCCAGACUGCCCUGGGCUCUGGAGCAUCUGCACUUGGAUCUUCGUUAGGAGCACUGAAGGUUGGCACCAUCCUAUCGGCGUGCCCUGCCUCUGUCUUGGCUGUUGGUCCCAGUGCAGCCAAGGCUACUGUUGCUGUGCUUGGUGGAGCCAUGACUGUAGCUGCUGUGCCCCCUGUGCUAAGUGCUGUGGGCUUCACUGGGGCAGGAAUUGCUGCCUCCUCUCUAGCAGCUAAGAUGAUGUCCUUGUCAGCCAUUGCGAAUGGGGGCGGAGUUGCGGCUGGUGGCUUGGUGGCCACUCUGCAGUCAGUGGGAGCUGCUGGACUUUCCAUGUCAUCAAAGUUACUCUUGGGCUCUGCAGGGUCUAUACUCAUGGCCCAAGAGAUGGGCAUUUGA